GUCUGUCUGACGGUACUACGUCGCAGCUCCGCUGCUUCAUCACAAACACCCUAACUGCUGCUGAGGGCAAAGGCAAAAGUGGAGAAGACUUUUUUCAGAAGAUUAUGGAAGAAACAAACACACAAAUUGCUUGGCCAUCCAAGCUGAAGAUUGGAGCAAAGUCAAAAAAAGAAGUCUUCUUUUCAACUUCAUUUUCCUUGUCACUGGAUCCAGAUAUCCAGUCAUCAAUACUUUUUUCUCGAAAAAUAUUAAAACAUACAGAUCCUCAUAUUAAAGUUUCUGGAAAAAAAGAAAAUGUUAAAGAAGCUAAAGAGAAGAUCAUGUCCGUCUUAGACACAAAAAGUAAUCGAGUCACCCUGAAGAUGGAUGUUUCACAUACAGAACAUUCUCAUGUGAUUGGCAAAGGUGGCAAUAACAUUAAAAAAGUGAUGGAAGAAACAGGUUGUCACAUCCAUUUUCCAGACUCAAAUAGGAAUAACCAAGCUGAAAAGAGUAACCAAGUAUCUAUUGCAGGCCAGCCAGCUGGAGUGGAAUCUGCCAGAAUUAGAAUACGGGAACUGCUUCCUUUGGUACUUAUGUUUGAAUUACCCAUAGCUGGAAUUCUCCAACCCAUUCCAGAUCCUAAUUCUCCCACAAUUCAGCAUAUAUCACAGACUUAUAACAUUUCAGUUUCCUUUAAACAACGUUCUCGAAUGUACGGCGCUACUGUCAUUGUCAGAGGGUCACAGAAUAAUAUUAGUGCCGUGAAGGAAGGAACAGCAAUGCUUCUGGAACACUUGGCUGGCAGUCUGGCCUCUGCAAUCCCUGUGAGCACACAGCUAGAUAUCGCAGCACAGCAUCAUCUCUUUAUGAUGGGUCGAAAUGGCAGUAACAUCAAACACAUCAUGCAGAGAACUGGUGCUCAGAUCCACUUCCCUGACCCCAGUAACCCACAAAAGAAAUCCACUGUCUACCUCCAGGGCACUAUUGAGUCAGUCUGUCUUGCCAGACAAUAUCUCAUGGGUUGCCUUCCUCUUGUGCUGAUGUUCGAUAUGAAGGAAGAAAUUGAAAUAGAACCAGAGAUUGUAAGUCAACUAAUGGAACAAUUAGAUGUCUUCAUCAGCAUCAAGCCAAAGCCAAAACAACCAAGCAAGUCUGUAAUAGUAAAAAGUGUUGAACGAAAUGCCUUAAAUAUGUACGAGGCAAGGAAACGUCUCCUGGGACUUGAAAGUAAUGGAGUCACCAUAGCAGCAAAUCCAUCUACAGUUUCAUGCCCUGUUGGCCUCUCGUGUACUGGUUUGGACAUCUUGCCCACAGCAGGGUUAGGACUCACUGGACUUGGUCUCUUAGGUCCUACUGCCUUAUCUGUCAACACCUCUACUGCUCCAAACUCUCUCUUGAAUGCCCUUAAUAGUUCCGUUAGUCCUUUACAGAGCCCAGGUUCAGGCACACCCAGCCCUACGUUGUGGGCAACAUCUCUUGCCAAUACAAGUGCCACAGGUUUUUCUGCCAUACCACAUCUGAUGAUACCAUCUUCUGCCCAAGCUGCUUUAACUAGUAUUCUUCUAUCUGGAGUGCCUAAUUAUAGUCAGAAUACUCCAUCUCCCCCUCCUGGCUUGACUCCCGUUGACAUUCAUGUGAAUGGCAUGCAAUCAGAGAGCAAAAAAGGUUCAACUUCUUUAAAUGGUCAUGUAAAGACAUCAAGUAUCAAGUAUGCUACACUAUCUGCCUCAUCAUUAGGAGAAAAUGUGUUGAGCACAAACCACAGUGAUCCAUCAAGGCAGACAAAUAGCCAUAGCACCUCAGAACAAGUGACUACCAAGUCAGAUACAACAGAAGGUUGCAAUGAUGCUUUUGUAGAAGUGGGAAUGCCAAGAAGUCCAUCACAUUCAGCAAAUGCCAGUGAUCUGAAGCAGAUGAUGAGUUCUUCCAAACAGUCCUGUACUAAGCGGCAAACAGUAGAAUUACUACAAGGAACCAAAAACUCUCAUUUACACACCACAGAGAGAUUGCUUUCUGAUUCUGAGCUGAGUGCUUCUGAAGGCCCCGUGGCUGAUAAAAAAGCCCCUGGGAGUGAACGAGCAGCCGAGAGAGCAGCAGCUGCUCAACAGAAUUCUGACAGAGUGCGCCUUGCUCCACCAUCAUCAUAUGCAAAUAUGCAGGCAUUUGACUAUGAACAGAAGAAGCUAUUAGCAACCAAAGCUAUGUUAAAGAAACCUGUUGUAACAGAAGUGAGAACUCCAACAAAUACAUGGAGUGGCCUAGGAUUCUCCAAAUCGAUGCCUGCAGAAACCAUCAAAGAACUAAGAAGAGCUAAUCACGUAUCGUACAAGCCAUCCAUGACAACUACGUAUGAAGGUUCAUCAAUGUCUCUCUCAUGUUCCAGCAGUCGGGAACAUUUGGGAAGUGGUACUGAAUCUGAUAACUGGAGAGAUCGUAAUGGUAUCAGUCCUUCAGGUCACAGUGAAUUUGUCUCAUCAAUUGACAGUCCCAAAAGGAAACAAAACAAAUCAACUGAACAUUAUCUCAGCAGCAGUAAUUACAUGGAUUGCAUUUCCUCGCUGACAGGAAGCAAUGGCUGUAACUUGAACAGUUUGUUUAAGGGGUCUGAUCUCCCUGAGUUGUUCAGUAAGCUCGGUUUGGGCAAAUACAUUGAUGUAUUCCAACAACAAGAGAUUGACCUGCAGACCUUCCUUACUCUGACAGAUCAAGAUUUGAAAGAGCUAGGAAUUACUACUUUUGGUGCCCGACGGAAAAUGCUACUUGCAAUCUCAGAACUGAAUAAAAACCGAAGAAAGCUAUUUGAUCCAUCAAAUGUACGUGCCUCAUUCCUGGAAGGUGGAGCUAGUGGAAGACUGCCACGUCAGUAUCACUCGGACAUUGCUAGUGUCAGUGGUCGCUGGUAGCACUAAAAUGUGACUCUCAAAGUGGAUUGUAAAGAUGGACUUGCCAAUCCUGUGGACAGCUUUCACUGCAUACCACCCUCUGCACUUUGGGAGUUUGAGUAUUAAGGACCAAAGCAUUUUGUCUGCACAAAUACUUGUGCCAAAAAAGAAGACACUUGUAUGUCAGUUUUCAGAACACCAAAUGUGGAUUAUGUUUUACUCUUGUAGAUUGGACAGCAUUUGCAAUAAUAAGAAUAAUAUAGGGUUCUUCGUUUAGUAUUUUAUUAUCUAUAACUAUAUUGUAUGCACUGAUUUUUUACUUUAUUGAAUGAAGGGAAAAUGAAGAGCUGGAAUGCCAUAGAGCAUAACUUUUGGCUUUAUUAAGGUGGAAUUUUCUGGUACUGCUUAAAAUAAUUAUUGAGGUCUUUCUGCACUUUACAUGUUCUGUUUUCUUAUCCUGUGGGAAAUUAUUAUUUUCUUUCAGUUCCAUACAAAAUAUUAUAUUGGCACUAAUCAAAUUUUGUCAGGUGAUCUGCAAUAAUCAAAUCUCCUCUCUAUAAUGGUACUAGGAAUCAAUGCUUAUGCAAACAUGUUCCAAAAUCAAACCGCUUGCAAGUGGACAAAUCCUAUUAUCCUUUUAUGAAGCAGCCUAGCGGUGCUUACUAUGAAACUAGUUCACUGUAGCAGAUUCAAUGAAAGACCAAAAUUGAACUUGCAAUAUUAAGCCUUUGCAGUCUUCAUAUUUAACUGCUACCAAUAAUGCUAAAACUGAUUUUAAUGGUUCUUUCAAAGCAAAGGACUAUUUUAGUAUACUGCCACUAAAGGACAUGUAUUAUUUAUAUACAACUUUUAUUUUUAGACUCUGUACACCUACAAUAUACAUCAGUUUAAACUGAGAUCUACUACUAAUUUAUGGUAGAAAAUGAAAGGCAUUCAUCAAACUAGAGUUCUGGGCCACCAGUUUGAUUAAACAGACAACUAAUCUAAUUUGACAAGACAGCACUGUUGCCAUGUAUUAUGUUAAGCAUAUUACUUACAUGACUAUGCAUGCAGCAAUUAAGCAACAGCUGUAAUAUAAUCACUUUUGUUUAAUAUAGAUUUGUGAUCGUCAGCUAUGAAAGUGCUUAAAAGUCCAAGAUGAACUAUUUCUGGUAAAGAAGUUAUAGUCAACAAAGAGUCCAUGUUAUAAAUGACUAGCGCUAACUAUUGAAUUCUCAUACUGUGAAAGUCCAAAAAAUCUGGAAUAUUAUUUCUGUGUCUUUUCGGGUGUUCUGUUGUGGUUUGAUGAAGGGUUCUCAUAUAAUGAAGGAAAUGAUUAAGUGCCUCUUUUUCUGCAAUGAAAUAUGAAGUUUCCAAACAUUAAUUUGUUGAAAAGAAUUCCCCAAAGAAAUAUUGUGACUUGUACAGUGUUACUUAUGUUCAGUGUACAAGGCUUUUAAGAUGGACACAAACCACUGUCAGGGGCUCUUAACAGAAAUCAUUAGAAUAAUCAUUUACAGUAGUUGGUUUUUAUGCAAAAAUGGGGUAAGAAAUAGUUUCGACACUUUCUGUGGAUACAUGUAAGAUGAGGAAAAACUCAGUUUGAGAAAUAUGCACAUAAAAGGGAAUUGUUAAGCGGUAAUUGCUUUGAAGACAUAGACGAUGAAGCAGUAAUAGAAUGACUUGUUGCAAUUAGCAAAAAUUAACUGCUCAGUAUGGGGUUCAGCCAUAUCCACUUAAUGGUGUAUAGUGGAAUAACUUUCGCUGCAAAUAAAAUAGCAGCAAACUCUCCGUAUUUAAUAUUGCAGGACAAUGCAGUUUGCAAGCACAAAGCUAUAAGCAACAAAAUUAUACAUUCAAAUGCCCAAAAUCUAUGAACAUAUCAGAUAUGUGAUGUGUAAUUCAGGCAUGAUUGAAUUCAUCAAACAACUAUGGAAAUAAUUACUCUUCUGCUUAUUUUUAUAUUUGUGAGUAGUCACAUUGACACGAGGUUACUUAUUUGUUUAAAGUUGAGCAAGACCUAGGUUUGAAAAUCAAGGCUUCUAUAAACUUGAUUGUUUACAUUUAAAAUUAGAUUAAAUGUUAUCAGAUCCACUUAGAUAUUAUUAUAGUCUUUGCCUACAUUAAUAUUUUAAGUUUAAACACUUUGCUUCUGCAAAAACUCCAUGUCAUAUGAUUUCAUUUUUUUCAUAAAUAUGUAACAAGCAUUUUUACAGUAUUAUAUUAGAAAGCUGAAAGUCUUACAAUAUUAAGUUGAUGUGGUCUUUUGCUGAGCAGUGCAUAUAUCAUCUAGACCAAAGUGAAGAAUUUCCCUGUAAUAACAUUAUUUUUAGUGGGGCUGCACACAAAAAACACACACUGGAAAACAUUUUUCUCACUUCUUUAAAUUCCAUGGAGGGAAUAUGACAAUGCAAUAUACAGUGUUGUCAGUGUUAUGUUAUGCACAAAAUAUUUGAAUUGCUAGAUUAAAAUGUUAGUUUUAAAUCUGUGCCUUAAUAGUGACCAGUUAUCUGUAAAUAUAGAGCAGAUACAGAUUGUAUUUUUGUGGGUUGUCCUUUUAGUGAUUUUUUUAAAUGAAAUAUGGAAUUAAAAAUAUUAAAAAUGGGAUUUUUUUCAAAACUAAUCAUUUGUUAAAUGGAAAAAAUAAAUUUAUAUAACCCU